CAAAAAUUCAGAAAGUAUUCUUAAAAUACGCACGUGUAAUUAAAAUUGGUGUGGGAAAAUCCGCGAUAGACCAAAAUAUAAGCAAAAAUUUCGACACUUCUGUUUCGAUCAACUGAAAAUUUGGCGCACAUUGAACUGAGACGUUUAAAUGUCAUUGCGAGCGGUAAGAACUACCGCUUGAAUUGUCAAUGAGUGAACGCACUCGCCAGUCUGACAUACUGACAUGUGUCAGUUGUCAUGGAAACAACGACCGUACAAGCAACGAGCGCCAGAAGCACUAUGUUCAAUCGAAGUAAUCAAAACAAAGCCGAAUUUAUAUUUUAACGUAUUUUUAUUUUCAUCUAAAACUUUUUACAAAUCGUUGCAUUUAUUUUGUGUGCACGGGAAGAUGUCUCAGGCAGGCGAUUCCUAUGUGUCUGUUUUUAAAAUCGAUGGAAUACCCAUUUUACCACCAGUUAUUGACGACGAUCGUCGCAUCGAGCUGAGUCAUGACAGACAGUUGGCAAUGGAGGUUGAACGUCGACUACGACUGAGACGUGAACAAAAGUUUGAAGUUUCAUCUACUGAGUUGGCAGCAAGUGACAUCGAUGAAACAUUGGUCAAAGGUGUUGUUGAGUGCAGUGUAUCAAACUACGACACUUCAGCAGCGGUUGAUAGUCUACUUGAUGACAAUAUAUCGACGCUCAAAGACGAUAUUGUUGGUAAAAUGAACGAAGCUGUUGAAGCAACGUCAACUAUCGAAACGGCUAACGAAGAGGAGGCCAUGGUUCAAGAGUUGCAAAGCGACCGAAAGUCAUUGAAUAUUGUGCCACUUUCUUUGACCAUUGAUGCAAAUUUGAAUACAUUCAACACGGACAUGAUUUCACCCAGUUUUUCACUGCAUUCGUCACCAUCGUUGGGAGCUUUGGAUGAAAGUCGGAAUCAAUCGCUGUACUUCACGCCGAUGUCGGGUCGCGAAUCAUUUUCACCUCUUCCAAAUGGUCAAUUAUCUGGCGCACGGCUAAUCCGAUCAAAUUCGUACACGAUCGAAAAACCGAGUCCAAUGCUGCUCCAACAUAUGCAAGCAAAUGGUAUAAAUCCUGGCUCAAAUUGUUCACCGCUCAGAAAUCCGAUGUCAUUGAAUGAAUUUCGCAAGAAUCGAAACAACCAGAUGAACACUCCCCGCAAGUUGCUGCAGUCAUUCAAUGCAGUGGAUAGUCCCGAAGUAAAAGAACAAAAAGCGAAAAAUAAUCCAACGAAAACCAGUGCACGGAAAUUGAUGUCACAAAAUUCGAAUGCAUCGCUGAACACGACCGUUGUAUUAUCGACCCAGUAUUCAGUGAAAACCAGUUCACCGAUGGCCAUGAAGACAACAAAGACGACAAAAUCAGCGACCAAACAGAAGCCAACCAAUCAGUCGGGUGUUUUUAAGAAUAGAGAAUCGAUUUUACGCUCAAUUUAUGGAACGGGUAAACCAAGCAAGGUUCAAGUGAGUGCCAAGAAAGACAACAGCACCAGUACAUCGCUGAAUUCGGUCAAAGUGUCACAGAAUAAAACAGUUAACAAGAGCCAGGUCAUCGAAACGGCUUCAACCCGGCCAAUGAAUGGUGCCAAUGAUAACAUAACCCCUCAAAACUACCAAGACAUUUUGGUGAUGAUCGAAAAUCAGCAUGCAAAUCAAAUGAAGGUAUUGCUACAGCGCCAACAGGAAGAGCAGAAACGUAUGCAGGAGGAAUUCUUCCGUCAACAGGAAGAAUUAUUGAAGAAAAUUUCGGAUUUAGUUAUAAAUAGAAAUGAAAAGCAAAUCACACCAAAAGCAACGACAGAAACCCAGCCCGUCGUAGAGGCAAAGAAGUCCAACGAAAAGAUGCUCAUUGAGGAGGUGAACAACGAGGUGCCGGUGGUCUUUGAUACGAAUGGCAAUCGUGUGAAUCGAUUUACGCCGGACAGUUCCAAAUGCAUUCGCCGUUUGUAUUACGAUGAUAAAAAAUUAAUAGCGGAUGACUUGAACAAAUCGUAUCCAUCAAGUUUGUCAACGGUUAGUUCCGAGCCAUUCGAAAUGUACACCAUUGAAGAGGUUCGAGCUGCCAGCAUAAUAACGGCAUACACCCGUGGUUAUCUCACCCGAAGACUGUUCAAAUCAACAAAAGUACAAAAUAUCGUCAAAACCAUUCGUGAUACGCUGCUAUUCAUAUUGGAUUUGCAUUACGAGGGCAAUGAAAACGAAUCACCGGCUGAUAUUGAACUCAAAUCGCAUCUCAUUCAACAGUUGGCAUCAGCGAGUCAAAAUUUGCACAGCAUUUUUGUGAAAAUUCCGAUGGUCGAACGCAUGGAUAUCAUUGCCAAGGAUCGUGAAUGGCAACAAUUCAAAAUGAACAGGUCCAAAUCGUCGGAUAAUAAUAAGAAUCACAUGUUUGUCAAUGGUAAUUCGCACUUGGCACGAUCGCAAAGCGCCCGAUUCGAGAAAAAAUUCUGAUUGAAUACCCACCCCUUUUCGAGACAAAAAUACUACAAAACAACGAAAUACUCGCAAGCAAAUUCAACGAGUGCAUGUUCUAUGUUUAUUUAAUUAUCUGUUAAACAGCUGCCUUAUACCAUAAUUUUUUAGAUAUUAAACUUAUUCUUGUAAUGAUAUAGAAAUUUUUCGAAAAUGUUGUACAAUAAUAAAGAAAAUAGAAAAAAUUAAGAUUGAUAGAAAUUAAAA